AUGGCUCCGUGGAGGCGACUGAGCCGGGAGUGGUCGCGCGCGGUCGCGCGCGCGGCGGCGGCGACCGGCGCGCCGCCGCGCGGCGUCGCGCGUCGCGCGCCCUCCGCCCUCCUCGAGUCCGGACGCCGCGUCCGCGAGUCGGACGACGCGGGGACGAGCCUCGUCGCGCGCGCGGCGUCGUUUCAUCGCGCGGCGUCGCGUCGCUCCGACGCCGUCGCCGCGUCGCGGUCGUUGUCCUCCUCCGCGCGCGUUGACGCGACGUCGACGGCGUCCACGUCCAGAGGCGGACUUCGCGGCGUCGCGAAACCCCCGGAGUCGCACUUCGUCGAUCGAAUGUCCGCCGCCGCGAGCGCGAGGGACCACGCCGCGGUGUUCGAGAUUUUCUCCGAGAUGUGCGAGCACUACCCGGAAGACCCGGGCGCGGAGGCGUACGACGUCUUGCUGCAGUGCGCAUCGCGCGAGGGCGACCCGGAGACCGCGCUGGAGCUCAUCGAGGCGAUGUGCGCGCGCGGGCACGAGCCCACGGCGCUCACGCACGAGCUGGUGGUCGUCGCUUAUAAUCGCGCCGGGGACGUCGCGAAAGGCCUCGAGUGGCUCGUCCUGCUCUCGGAGACCGAGAACGAGGACUUCAUGCGCCGCGACGCCGUCGGGGUGUUCGACGCGGUCCUCCUCGGCGCCGCGAACGUCGCGGAUCAGGACGCGUUCCGGCGGUGCCGCGAGCUGAUGCGAAAGUUUCGUUGCGCGCCCACCGAGCGCACGCUCGAGGCGUAUCUCAAGAUGGAGAGCAAGAUUGGCACGAGCGCGAGCGUGGACGCGGUGUGGAAUCACGACCACUUCAAACACCUCAACCCGUGGCGCCGGUCGCCGCGGUCGCGAUGCCGCCUCGUCGAGGCGCACGCGCUCGUCGCGACGUUCACGCUGAAGCGACGCGACGCGCGCCGCGGCGGCCGCGGCGACGACCCGGCGCCGCCGCCGACGCUCGUCGCCGCCGCGAGCGAAGACGCAGCGGGCGACGGGACGCCGCCGCCGGCGAAGAUGAUAUCGAUGACGUCGGAGUCCGUGCGCGCGCAGAUGGCCGCCGCGGACGCGCGCGCGAGAGGUCGGAGAGCGUUGGACGCGCUGAAGGCGCGUUCUAUACACUGGUCCCCAUACGACCGCGUCGGCGUGGUGAACGCCGUUUCUUAA